AUGAGCCGCGGCCACGGCGUGGCGAGCGCCUUCCGGUCCGUCCCCGCCGCGCCGCCCGGCGCCUGCCUCACGGGCCGAGGGCGGGACGUUUCCUGCCAGGGCGUGGACCCUUUCGUUAAUGGGACGCUUUCUGUCUUUGCUGCAGGUCUGGUAAGCUGCACCUUCUUCCUGGCAGCGCACGGUCUGUACUCCUCUAGUGAUGACGUGGUUGAGCUCACGCCAUCAAAUUUCAACCGAGAAGUUAUGCAGAGUGAUAGUUUGUGGCUCGUAGAGUUCUAUGCUCCGUGGUGUGGUCACUGCCAGAGGUUAACACCAGAAUGGAAGAAAGCAGCAACUGCGCUCAAAGACAUUGUAAAAGUUGGGGCCGUUGAUGCAGAUAAACACCAGUCCCUGGGAGGGCAAUAUGGUGUUCAGGGAUUCCCCACCAUUAAGAUUUUUGGAUCCAACAAAAACAGACCAGAAGAUUAUCAGGGCGGCAGGACCGGCGAAGCCAUUGUAGACGCUGCCCUCGGAGCCCUGCGCCAGCUCGUGAAGGACCGCCUUGGGGGCCGGGGUGGUGGACACGGUUCUGGAAAACAAGGUAGAAGUGAAAGUUCGAGUAAGAAGGAUGUGAUUGAGCUGACGGACGACAGCUUCGAUAAGAGUGUCCUUGAGAGUGAAGACGUUUGGAUGGUUGAAUUUUAUGCUCCGUGGUGUGGACACUGUAAAAAUCUCGAGCCAGAAUGGGCCGCUGCAGCCACAGAGGUGAAGGAGCAAACCAAAGGCAAAGUGAAGCUGGCGGCCGUGGACGCCACGGUGAACCAGGUUCUGGCCAGCCGGUAUGGGAUACGGGGAUUUCCUACAAUCAAGAUCUUCCAGAAGGGGGAGUCUCCUGUGGAUUAUGACGGGGGGCGGACCCGAUCCGACAUCGUCUCCCGGGCCCUGGAUUUGUUUUCUGACAACGCCCCGCCUCCUGAGCUGCUGGAGAUCAUCAACGAGGACGUCGCCAAGAAGACCUGUGAGGAGCACCAGCUGUGCGUCGUGGCCGUGCUGCCCCACAUUCUCGACACCGGAGCUGCCGGCAGAAACUCUUACUUAGAAGUUCUUCUCAAGUUGGCAGACAAAUACAAAAAGAAAAUGUGGGGAUGGCUGUGGACAGAAGCUGGAGCCCAGUCUGAACUUGAAACUGCGCUGGGGAUAGGGGGCUUCGGGUACCCCGCCAUGGCAGCCAUUAACGCACGCAAGAUGAAGUUUGCGCUUCUGAAGGGCUCUUUCAGCGAGCAAGGCAUCAACGAGUUUCUUAGGGAGCUCUCUUUCGGGCGCGGGUCGACAGCACCUGUGGGAGGUGGGACCUUCCCCGCCAUCAGCACCAGAGAGCCUUGGGACGGCAAGGACGGCGAGCUUCCCGUGGAAGACGACAUUGACCUCAGCGACGUGGAGCUGGACGACAUUGACCUCAGCGACCUGGGAAAGGAUGAGCUGUGAGAGGCGUGGCACAGACUUCCGUUUUUUCUUGGGAGCAGGUUUCCUCAGCAGUGAAGGAACAUUCUUUACGAUCGGAUGAAUCUACCAGUGGCCUUUUCCAUCAAGAAGUAGCACUUGAUUGGUCAUUUGAACACACUGCAACAGCGAACUUUCGCAUCUCAAGAAAACAAUGAAAAAUUCUAUGAAUUGUUGUAGCCGAUGAAUUGGGUUGUAUUCUGUCAAGUAAUAUUCUGGAAAAAACCGGUGGGCUAUUGAAAUACUCUUCCCUCCCUCUGACGGCUGCUUGAAUGUUCUUGGAGGCUGUUUCUUAUAUCUAAGUUUUUUAAUGUGAUUCUUUCAUUUAAAUAUUAAUGGCUUUUUUCCAUUAAAAAAUAAAAUAAUAUUUUGGACAAUGCCAAUAGACGUAUGAAAUUAGUGUCCACAUCAUAAAUUCAGUAAAUUAAUAUUAGGAAGGGCUGCCCCUCCCUAUAAACCUGUGACUCUGAGGAUGCCAUCCAGACGCCCGCCGCCAUAUGGCUUGUACGCGUGUCCCGUUAGGCCAAGCGCCGUCUGUGACGUGUGAGGCGGACGGCGAGCUUCUAGAAAGAAGGAUGAAAAACCAUGGGUUGGCCAUUGGGAACUGCAUUUCAUGCCCAGUGUUUUGUUUUUUGGGCCAUCCCCACUGACUGUUAGGAGAUACAGCGGAUUAUACGGUCAGCUCCAGAUUUUUAAUGUUCUUCCUAAGUCCUCCCAAGAGGUCCAUUAAGACAAAUACAGCAGCAGGUGACCAGUUUCUAGACAGUCCCCAUUUAUGUCAAGUCAAAUCCUGAAUUAUGUUAGAAUAUAAAAGGCCAAAGGACUGAGCAUUUCUUUAUUGUAACUUAAAAAAAAUAAAUACAACUGUAAUUAA